UUAGUUAGUAAGCGUCUGCUGUGGUUUCAGGCUUACAGCGCUUUCCCCAGGCCAGCCUGCUGCAGAAGCGGCACUUUACGAACGACACGCCGCUGAGCUGCAGCCCCGUUCACUCACAUCCAGAACCAAAUCAGCUUCAGCGGAAAAGUGUCACCAUCCGCUUCAAAUCAUCGGUUUUGUCCCAGCCAUGGCUGCUGUGAACGUGUACUCGACUUCAGUGACAAGUGAAAACCUCAGCCGCCAUGACAUGCUCACAUGGAUAAACGAGUCUUUACAGAUGAGCCAUGCCAAGAUCGAGCAACUGUGCUCAGGUGCUGCUUACUGUCAAUUCAUGGACAUGCUGUUCCCGUCAUGUAUUCCACUGAAGAAAGUCAAAUUCCAGGCCAAACUUGAGCACGAAUACAUCCAUAACUUCAAACUCCUUCAAGCCAGCUUCAAAAAGAUGGGAGUUAGCAAAAUUAUUCCUGUUGACAAGCUUGUGAAGGGCAAGUUCCAGGAUAACUUUGAGUUUGUGCAAUGGUUUAAGAAGUUCUUCGAUGCAAAUUAUGAUGGGAAAGAAUAUGAUCCGGUGGCAGCUCGACAGGGACAAGAAAUGCCCACCAAUCAGAGUCCAGCAGCAGCUACAGCUAACAAACCAAAGAAACCCAGCUCGGACACGGGCAUCACACCUGCAGUCAAGCCAAUGGCCCCUGUUGCUCCACAGCGUUCAGCCACAACACCUAAAUCUGCACCAAAAACAGCUCCAGCUGCAACGCGAGGCACAGCAACAGGCGGCGGUGAUGAAGAGAAGGGAGCACUCACUCAGAUGAUAAACGACCUGAAGGCCACUAUUGCUGACAUGGAAAAGGAAAGGGAUUUCUACUUUGGCAAACUGAGAAACAUCGAGCUCAUCUGCCAAGAGAAAGAGGGUGAGGGUGAUCCAGAACUGCAAAGGAUUGUGGAUAUCCUGUACGCCACAGAUGAAGGUUUUGUAAAUCCAGAAGAUGAGGUGGGAGAACCAGAGGAGUUUUGACCAAUCCAGGGGUGACUGUUUUUUAAAAAAUGACCCUGCUGGACACACAAAUGUACAUACUGGCUGAUUCCUGCUGUUGUGCUGCACUUGCCUUUGGUCCAUCAUUUUGGACUUUGACUUUUGAAUGUCCUUUUUAUUCAGGGAAGUUCUAUACCUUGAAU